AUGGUGCAGCACAAGCAGCAAAUAGUGAACUCUGUUGUCGAGUGCGUUUCUCGGGGGAAGGCUCGACAGGGCGGCUACAAGGUGGGAGACGGUGCUCUUGUUGAUUCGCUCGUUCUUGAGGGCCUCCGGGGCUCCGAAAAUCAACAGUUGCCAGGAAAGUGGGUAGAAGGCCUCGCAAUGCAAUUGGGAAUAUCUCGAGGAGAUUGCGACAGCUACGCGGUGCAGAGCUUCAAGCGUGCAGCAGAUGCUGCGAGUAGUGGCUUCUUUCGUCUCGAGGGUCUUUUGCCCUUCUGCACAGCAUCUGCAGAAACGCCCAACCAACGUGAGAGUUGUGCUGCUUGUUCGCCUCAAUUACCGCAGUUGCAGCAGCACCGCGAGCGCCGUGUAGUAGUGUCCCGGCACCGCCGGCAGCAGCAGCAGCGGUCCGAGGAACGUAUGCCGGGGCUGCUGCAGGAGGAUGAAGAGGUGCAGCGAAUUUCGCUGGACCGUCUUGCUUCAGCCAAUCCCGUGUUUGCCCCUGAAGGGCUCACUACCUCUGAAAAUGCGUUUAGGCUGGGGGAUGGAGCUGCAGCAGUAGUAUUGGCUGCCGACGAGGAGGCAACGAAGAGAGUGGACAGAGGACCGUCGUUAGCUCUCGCUGCUGAGGAGGCCAUGACGAAGGCGCUUCACCGAGCUGGUCUAGAGCAGGCGAGCGAGACAGCACAUUUUGGUACUGCGGUUAUGCGCGAUGAACUCACUACAUUAUAG